GGCAUCUAUCUGCGCGGCUUUCCCUACAGCGUGUGCCUCUGGCGCGCCCCCUGCUGUCCGCGCGCGGGAAGGCAGCCGGAGAGCAUCGCGUGCGAACGGGCGAGUUGACGGCAGGGAGGCUCGGCGGCGGCUCACGCUCUUUCCAGUCGCGGGCGGGAGGCGCGGGAGAGAGCGGCACAGUCCGCGCUGCCUCGGAGACGAAGCCCGUUUCCAUGCCAGAACAAUGAUUCCACCAGGGGAAUGUCUGUAUGCUGGAAGGAAAAGACGGAAACCCAUUCAGAAACAGAGGCCUACCUCUGGGACUGGAAAAACAAAUCCUUCAAAGAGACAUAGAGACCGACUGAAUGCUGAGCUAGAUCACCUGGCUAGCCUCCUGCCUUUCCCACCAGACAUAAUAGCUAAACUGGAUAAACUCUCUGUUUUACGUCUCAGCGUCAGUUAUCUUCGAGUUAAAAGUUUCUUUCAAGCAGUUCAAGAGAAGCAGCUGAGAAAGCAUGCAAAUCAUGGAAUGAAAGAUGUUGGUGUCCUCAAAGAACCUGUAAUCUCAGAAGGUGGACUCUUACUAGAGUCACUGAGUGGUUUUGCACUGGUAGUGAGUGGUGAUGGAAUGAUAUUCUAUGCAUCACCAACCAUUGUGGACUAUCUAGGAUUUCACCAGACUGAUGUAAUGCAUCAAAAUAUAUAUGAUUAUAUUCAUGUGGAUGAUCGUCUGGAUUUCUGCAGACAACUACAUUGGGCCAUGGAUCCACCAAAGCUAGUAUCUGGAGACCAUACACACAGAGAGACAGGGGAAGAAUUUAUUCUUAGCAAAAUGUAUACAGAACAGGAGAGUGCCAAUACAACAACAGACUUUUCAUCAUUUUUAACUCGUUGUUUUACUUGUCGAAUCCGCUGCCUCUUGGACAGCACCUCUGGUUUCCUUACCAUGCAUUUUCAAGGUAAACUAAAAUUUAUCUUUGGACAGAAGAAGAAAUCAUCAUCAGGAGCAAUACUACCUCCCCAGCUAUCCUUAUUCUGCAUAGUGGUGCCACUCCUGCUUCCUUCGGUGACAGACAUGAAGUUAAAAAGUUUUUUUGUGAAAGCAAAAUGCAGAUCUGAUCAUGCAGCAUCAGCAAAUACAAACUCAAAGGCUCAUUCUGGACAGUGUUUGGCUGAUUUUCAUAGAAGAAAUUCUUUCCAAGAAGGAGAAUGUAAUAGAGAAAAUGGCAUUUCACUGAUGAGAUUCCAAGCAAACAAGGACCACUGGUUUUGGGUACAGGCUAGUACUCAUGUUCAGUGCAGAAAUGGUUCCUCAGAAUGCACCAUUGCUCUUCAACAAGCUCCCAAGGAAGAGAAAAUUCAGAAGAUACCAAACAUCAUUUCAAGUAUAAAAGGAAACAGGGAACAAUUGGGACAGAUGAAGCAUCAUACGUGGAGCCCAAGGAAAAAAGAACAGGAUAACAUGAAAGUGAAAUGUGAACCUAAUACUGGUGGCAAUGAGCACUUUACAAAGCAGGAAUAUGUUAAUCCUGCUGUCUCGCUGUUUGGUGUUCAGCAUGACAACAGUGGAAAUGGCACGGGGACAUCAAACAAUGCAUCCGGUUUUUGCUUUAGAGGUCAGCAUCAUGAGAACAUGUGCUCUAACAAAACUCUAAGACCUUUCUACAGUAGAGAGGAGCAGUUCUUCAGUUUGUCAUCUACAGAGAGAGAAAAUUGUCAGCUACACCAAGGCUUGCAGCAAUGCACCGCAGACAGUUAUUUGGAAGAAUACAUGAAAUUACCCUGUCCCCCAGUAUCUCCAGGAACUCUGUACAACAAUGGUUUGCCUUGCAACACACUGAUAAAAACGGAAUAUGAUUCAGAUUCUGAAAAUAUAGCUAACAGUCAUACCAUUUUACCAAGUUGUGUAUGGGUGGAUGAAAACAGCAUAGUCAAAAAGCACUUUCCUGCAAGAGUUCACCUUAAAACAGAACUCAAUACACAAUCAUCCCCGCAACAUUGUGUCUAUCCACCGUAUAACUGGCAACACAUAGUGAUGCAUCAUACCAAUAACGUUAGAACUGGACUUGGCAAAGCAAUGACUAACAAAGAAACAUCUUUACUGGACCUUUCAAAAUCCAUUGGCACAGAAGCUAUGGAGAGCCCACAAACUCCAUAUUAUAGCAAUCAAUUCUAUAGUACCUUUUCCGUAGAAGAGAAGGGGCUGAAUAUGCAGGUUCUGAAGUCACAUUCUGAGUUUAAAAAUCUCUGCUUUAAUCAGACAGUUAAACAUGAACCUUUAGAUUCUCAUCCUAUCUCCAGGAGUAGUCAGACAACAGUGGGGAUGACUCUCUGUGAAACACCAUUAGCCGAUUCUCAUCCUCAUAAAAUAAUGCAGCAACAAACUGUGUGAUGUUUUAUAGUGGCAUUGGUAGUGCAGAAAUAGGACACAAAGCAGAAAAUACCUCAUUCAUAAGACACUUUCCAUUGUAGGAAUCCAGAGCUCUAAAUGCUAUUUAUGAUAAACGUUCUCGAUUUACAGUUAUUGGCAUUGUUACGGUAUCAUGGAGUGUGAGUAAUUUCCAGUCACCCACAGAAUUUAGCAAAGAAGUGUACUUCAAUAUUUCUAAAAAUAUAAAUCAAAAUUGUGUAAAACUACAUAGUAGUUUGUUAUUCUUUACUGACAGCAGCCAUACAGUCUGUGUUUCACAGUUAGUUUAAGAGGGUUCGUGUGCUAUUCAAGGAAUUAAACAGAAACAGAAUUAUGAAAAAGUCCCAAGAAAGAUGGGGAAGGUGUGAUUACAGAAGAUUUGAGAUGCAAUUGGCAGCAGCAAGUUCUGAUGUGUUGUGGCCCUGUUGAUAUAUGGAUUUGUUUAAGACACUUCAUCCAUGUAGAAGCAUAUCAAGUAAUUAUAUAGUUACCAGUACAUUUGUUACUUUCAAAACAUUCACGCAUGAAUGUCAUGAAACAAGGGAAGUUUGGAUUCUAUCUAUUGCCCUAAUGACAAAGUUCUUCAACACAUCAUCUUCAGGUUCCUUAAUAUUGGUUAUUUCCUCUUCCUAAAUUAUUGCUUGUGUCUGUAACUCCAGCUUGUAUGGAUCAACUUAAGUCUCAUGUCUGUGCUUACACUCCUCAGGAAAAUCCUAUGUAUUCCUUUUAACACAGGAAAUUGCUGAUGCUUUCCUACUCCUAUGGGUCAUGAAAGCAGGUAUUGACACUACUUUCAUGUUGGUUAUAGCAGCCUGGAGAUAAGAGCAUGAGCCCAUAGCAUGUUUUCAUAUUUUGACUUCUUAGGUAAAGGUUUUCUCCUGACAUUGUCUAGCCAUGCCUGACUCUUGGGGUUGGUGCUCAUCUCCAUUUCUAAGCCGAAGAGCCAGCAUUGUCCAUAGACACCCCCUAGGUCAUGUGGCCAGCAUGACUGCAUGGAGUGAUGUUACCCUCCCGCCCGGAGCGGUACCUAUUGAUCUCACAUUUGCAUGCUUUCAAACUGCUAGGUUAGUAGAAGCUGGGGCUAAUAGGGGGAGCUCACUCCGCUCCUCAAAUUCGAACUGGCAACCUUUCAGUCAGUAAGUUCAGCUCCUCAGUGGUAUAAUCUGCUGCGCCACUGGGGGCUCCUUCUUACGUCUUCCUCUUCCUCUUACUUUUGACUUCUUACUCAUGAUUUAUAUUAUUUACAAUUACACUUCUAGUUCUGUAAAGUUUUCUGAUAAGUAAAGUAAUAACCAAAUGUCUUUUUUGGGGAAAAGAUAUCCCUCCCUGAAUUAGGGGCACACUAAAUUUAUUUAGUUCUGAGACAGUUUAAGGAGUGCCCAUUCAGUAAGGUAUAUCCAUACACAAUACCAUGCCAAGCUGAAUAAAAUAACAUGGCACUGAUUUAGCGAUGAGUAUUAUACAAAAUAUACAUACGCUUUCAAGAAAAGAAAUGCUUUUGCAAAGAGGUAGUUGAAGGAAAUAUAUUAGGAAUGGUUUAUUCCUAGAGUGACAGUUCUGCUGCUGCUGUUGUCAUUUUUGACUUUGUCACUAUAAAUGCUAGAUCUCAAAUAUACCCUCUCAUCAGCAGAUCCUGUACAUUCCACACAGCUGCGUAAAAUCCCACAUUAAGUCUUAAAAUAUUAGUUCAUACAUGCAAAAACCAGAUGUGAUUCAUGUUAUCUCAUAUGUGUAACCUGCAGUAUUGAAGCAAGAGAAAAAGACAACAUGUAGUUGAAUAAUAAAAGCAGUAGUAUAAUUUAUUCCAUAAUUGCAGCUCAGGUAGCCUGCUUUUGUAGCAAGCUGGAGACGCAGAGUCAAUUUUUUUCUUUUUCAAAACAAAACUGACUUUUCCUUUAUCUUGAUAUUAUCUUCUGCAAAAGAGAAAGUUACAAAAUUAGAAUGAACAGAAUUUAAAAUGAGAAAUGACAGAAUUGUGUAGUGCAGCUACACCAUUUAGUAUUUUAACAAUUUUUUCUCUGAAUUUCAACUUUACAAUAAUAUUUCUUAAGUUUACAUUCUGCUGUUCUUUGAAGAUGUAAACCUCAGUAUUUGUUAAUAAACAUUCUUUGUAUAA